AUGUCCGGCUCCAACUUACAUAACGCUCUCCUCCGCCCUCCGAUCAUUCAGAUCCUGCGCGCUGCAGGCUUCCACUCGACGCGUCCUUCGGUCCUGGACACUCUCGCCGACCUCACUGCCCGAUACAUCAUGCUCCUUGCCUCAUCCACAAGUGCUCAUGCCGCCAACGCCCACCCCGAAGAUCCCGUCCCCGUGCUCGAAGAUAUUUACCAGGCCUUACAAGACGCAGGCGCGUUGCGGCCGCAGCUGCGGGAGUGGGAGGAGGAAUGGCAAGGGGAAGAGGACAUGCGAGGACUCGAAGGGUUUCUGUCGUGGUUCACCGGCCCCGCCAACCGCGAGAUCCGGCGCAUCGCUGGGUUCGUGCCCAGUGAAGGGGACAUGGUGGACGCGGACUCCCUGGAGAAGGAGGACUUCCUGACAGCCCUGAAGAAGAAACACAGCAAGACGGGAGAAGAGUCGCGAUAUGCAGGGACCGUGCUGGGGAAGAGCGGCGAGGAACACCCGAUCGUGAUCGAGGGCGGUGCGCCGACCCUGCAGGAUUGGGGGUCCCAAAUGCGAUCCCGGGCACCGUAUAUGGCCGACAGCGACUCCUCGGUCGUGAGCAGUGCGCCGAGUAAUCUGUCUGACGGAGAGGGAAUGGACGUGUGA